CUAGUGAUUUGUGUCUCUCACUUCCCUAUUGCUGCACAAGUACAGUGCAAAGACCUAACCAGCCCCAGCUUCUCUGUAGCAAGUUACUAACAAUGAGAGAGUGACCAGAGGGGACUUUGUGGAACCCUAUUCUCAGCAGCAGAUUCCCCUUGGGCCAGUGCCUUGUGUUACAUGUAACAAGUGCUUCAUCAAUGUGUCACUACAUCUCUCCUGGGCGAUGCAAGCCAGUGUUUCUGUUACUGACUUUUCUCAUCUCUUUCACUGGUUGGACAUUGGCUGAUACUGCUCCUCCUGAUGUUCAUAGUGUGGGAUUAUAUAAUGUAACUGGGAGCUCAAUAACUGCGACGUGGACAGCUCCCGCUGGUGGAAAUAUUACAGAGUACAGAGUAACUGUCAGUAAUGGAUCAAUCAUCCUAAAUGAUACUACCCACCAAUUGUUUUAUACAGCAAAUAAUCUGCUUCCGGGGGUCACCUACAUCAUAACAGUAUACUCUAUGAAUGCAAAUGGAACUAGCAGCAAUGGGACCUCCGCAACAAGAACAACAUGGCCAUCCAGUGUCUCUGGCUUCAAUGUCUCUGCUAAAGGGGAGAAUUAUGUAAAUCUUACUUGGACGGUUCCUAAUGAUAUUAAUAGCAAUAACUACACCUACAACGUGCUAUGGCAGCCAGACAACAAGAACAUCAGUAUAACAACCAACCAUGUACAGGUGACUGGGCUGUUACCAGGAGUAAGCUACAACUUCACCAUCUACACUCUGACCUCAGAUGGAGUGCGGAGUAAUGCGUAUCAGGAAACAAAGAGUACAACAAGGCCAUCUAGUGUCUCUGGCUUCAAUGUCUCUGCUAAAGGGGAGAAUUAUGUACACCUUGCUUGGACGGUUCCUAAUAAUACUAAUAGUGAUACAUACACCUACAACGUGCUAUGGCAGCCAGACAACAAGAACAUCAGUGUAACAACCAACUAUGUACAGGUGACUGGGCUGUCACCAGGAGUAAGCUACAACUUCACCAUCUACACUCUGACCUCAGAUGGAGUGCGGAGCGAUGCGUAUCAGGAAACACAGACUACUACAAGGCCAUCCAGUGUCUCUGGCUUCAAUGUCUCUGCUGUAGGGGAGAAAUAUGUAAAUCUUACUUGGACGGUUCCUAAUAAUACUAAUAGCGAUACAUACACCUACAACGUGCUAUGGCAGCCAGGCAACAUGAACAUCAAUAUAACAACCAACCAUGUACAGGUGACUGGGCUGUCACCAGGAGUAAGGUACAACUUCACCAUCUACACUCUGACCUCAGAUGGAGUGCGGAGCGAUGCGUAUCAGGAAACACAGACUACUACAAAGCCAUCCAGUGUCUUUGGCUUCAAUGUCUCUGCUGUAGGGGAGAAAUAUGUAAAUCUUACUUGGACGGUUCCUAAUAAUACUAAUAGUGAUACAUACACCUACAACGUGCUAUGGCAGCCAGACAACAAGAACAUCAGUGUAACAACCAACUAUGUACAGGUGACUGGGCUGUCACCAGGAGUAAGCUACAACUUCACCAUCUACACUCUGACCUCAGAUGGAGUGCGGAGCGAUGUAUAUCAGGUAGCAAAGACUACUACAAGGCCAUCCAGUGUCUCUGGCUUCAAUGUCUCUGACGUAGGGGAGAAAUAUGUAAAUCUUACUUGGACAAUUCCUAAUAAUACUAAUAGCGAUACAUACACCUACAACGUGCUAUGGCAGCCAGACAACAAGAACAUCAGUGUAACAACCAACUAUGUACAGGUGACUGGGCUGUCACCAGGAGUAAGGUACAACUUCACCAUCUACACUCUGACCUCAGAUGGAGUGCGGAGCGAUGCGUAUCAGGAAACACAGACUACUACAAGGCCAUCCAGUGUCUCGGGCUUCAUUGUCUCUGCUGUAGGAAUUAAUUAUGUAAAUCUUAGUUGGAUGGUUCCCAAUGAUACUUAUAGCAAAAUAUAUACCUACAACGUGCUAGGGCAGCCAGACAAUGUGAACAUCACAAAUAUAACAACCAACUCUGUAAAUGUGACUGGGCUGUCACCUGGAGUGAGUUACAACUUUAUCAUAUACACUGUGACCUCAGAUGGAAUGCGGAGUGCUACAGUUCAGGAAACGCAAACUACAACAAGGCCAAAUAAACCUAACAAUAUAAAUGGAGCUAAUUCUGGUGUUUCUGAAUUAAUUAUAAAUUGGACAGCACCGGGAGAUCCAAAUAAUAACUCAUACAUCUACCAAGUGACGUGGAGUAUUUCCCAGAAUCAAGCAGCACAACAAAAUAGAACAGAUACCACUAAAGACACCAAUUUCACCAUCAAGGACCUCUUUCCGGGAUAUCUCUACAGUAUAGCAGUGGUGUCUGUGAUCAGUAACACAUCAAGUGCUGACAGUCUUAUAAAUCUGCGAACCAACCCAGUAGCUGCUAAGACCUUGAACGUCACCAACAUAACUAACACCACAGCCACUCUGCAAUGGAUUCUCCCUGAUAAUUAUUCAUCUAGUUAUCAGAGUGGGUAUAUUAUUCAGAAUCAGUACCAAACAAAUGGAGUCGUAUUGCAAAGCAUAAAGACCACAAAUACCAGUUAUGUCCUGACGAAUUUGGAACCUGGAACUCAAUAUAUUUUCACAGUGAUAACCGUUGCAAGUGCUGCAUUUUCUGAAAGAAGACGUCGUUCAGUUUCAGCUGACAUAAUAACAUACAGUACUGGAACAAUUACACAAGAUGAGACAGAACCUGAUCCUGUCACAAGCCCUUACUGCUAUAAGGUGGAUGGGUACCAGAUAAAAGUGACAUUUACAUGUCCCAAUGGAAACUAUACUUCAUUUGAAGUUUUGGUCAACAGCAAAAACAACAUAAACACCAGCAGCUGUACUAACGAUGUGAUAAUAUCAAAUUUGCAACCUGCUAAUAGUUACGUAAUAAGCAUCAAGACUGUGGCUAUGCAAAAGACAUCUAAUGGUACUGUGAUAUCGUGCAGCACUGACAGUACAGGAGUUAUUGUUGGGGCAAUAUUUGGUGUUUUGUUAUUUCUUCUACUCAUUGGACUUAUUGUAUUUUUCGUUAUGAAGAAGAGAAGGACAAAAGAUCAGCCUGAAACCUUAACCUCCAUGAAAAAAAAAUUCCACAGCAUAACGAAAGAAAAGUUUAAACAGCAUUAUGACCAUAACCAUGCAGAUAGUGACUUUGGGUUUGCAGAAGAAUAUCAGGAACUCAGCUCUGUUGGAACCACACAGUCAAAAAGAGCAGCUGAGAUGCCAGACAAUAGAGCAAAGAACCGGUUCACCAAUGUCCUGCCAUAUGAUCAUUCUAGAGUUAAACUGUCUACAAUCGAUGGGAUUGCCAGUACUGAUUAUAUCAACGCCAACUACAUGCCGGGUUACAAUUCUACCAAAGAAUUUAUAGCCAGCCAGGGUCCUUUAGUAAAUACCACUGCUGACUUCUGGAGGAUGAUUUGGGAGCAUCAUGUCAACACCAUUGUAAUGCUGACAAACUGCAUGGAAAAUGGUCGGGCAAAAUGUGAACAUUACUGGCCGCUGGAUUACACCCCAUGCACCUAUGAAGACAUCACUGUCGCUGUUACAUCAGAAACUAUCCUAUCGGAAUGGACGAUACGAGAUUUCUCUGUCAAACAUGCUAAACAACAGGGAAUAAAAUAUGUGCGCCACUUUCAUUUUACCGCAUGGCCUGACCAUGGGGUGCCAGAUUCCACCUCAUCCAUCAUCGACUUCCGUAAUCUUGUCCGAGAGCACAUGGACCAGCGAAAGAGCAAUGGGCCAACAAUUGUACACUGCAGUGCGGGAGUGGGCCGGACUGGAACUCUUAUAGCUUUGGAUUACCUGAUUCAGCAGAUGGAGAAGGAGCAUCGUAUAGGAAUUUAUGGUUUUGUAGAGAAGAUGAGAACGAAUCGAACAUUAAUGGUACAGACAGAGGCACAAUAUAUAUUCCUCAACAAAUGUAUGUUGGACUUGAUCGAACAACCCCCGGAGGAAAAUAUCUAUGAAAAUCAGAUGGGGAAUGAACUUAUCUAUGAAAAUGCUUCAGCGGUUAGAAAUUUCCAAAAUGAAAAUGUUUAAAUUAGAGCGAUACGUAAUCUGACAAUUGCAACAAGGACAUUGAUUACUUUUUGCAUGACAUCAUCUGGACACUUAUUUCUGCGCUUCUUGUACUGUGUGCGCCAAUCCUAUGCACUCAGGAGUGAGAUGAUUAGCAUCCAAACGUGUUUAAGUCUUUUCAUUACAUGGCAGCUGAGCUUUUUGCUUUUUCAUUCCGGAGCGUAUCAUUGCAGCCAUCAAUAUGCUGUUUCUGAAACAGAUCAGUCCUAUCACAGGAGACUAUUGAAAAGAGAGGUUCCUAGUUUACUGUAUCUAGAUGUAUACCAAUCAGCCAAUUAGCCUGCCAUAAUAAUAAAAAAUAAUCCACUGGGAAGGACAAUAUUGAAAAGUGCACAAUGUUUGAUUUUAUCUUACAGUUCACAUUUCCUUUUACAUAAAUGGACCUUUAUUAAAACUUCCAACAGAGAACAAAUAGAAGUGUUGCAACCAAUCAGAUUCUAGCUAUCAGUUUACAGACUGUACUAAAAACUAGCUAGAAUCUGAUUGGUUGCUAUGGGUAACACCACCACUUUUCCUGUUUAGAAGGUUAUGAUGAAUCUUCCCAUUAGUGUGAAAAUCCGUGAGCUGGCUCUUUACUAAAUGUUCAGUGCAUUCAAGUUACAGAAAUAUUCUACUGUAACAUUUACUGUCAUAUGUUUAGCUUAACACUCUUUUAAGAUCAAAAUGUAAAGAUCAAAAUGCCUAAUGAUCUAGAGAAAAUGAUUUUUUCCAAUUACAGUACAUUAAUUAUACUUUUAUAGAUAUUGGGGGUAAUUCCAAGUUGAUCGCAGCAGGAAUUUUGUUAGCAGUUGGGCAAAACCAUGUGCACUGCAGGGGAGGCAGAUUUAACAAUUGCAGAGAGAGUUAGAUUUGGGUGUGGUGUGUUCAAUCUGCAAUCUAAUUUCCAGUGUAAAAAUAAAGCAGCCAGUAUUUACCCUGCACAGAAACAAAAUAACCCACCCA